AUGGUUAAUGGUUUAGUAGCUCCUUGUAAUUACCGCAUCAAUGGACACAACUACGACAAGGGUUACUACUUGGUGAAUAAUAUAUAUCCACGAUUGUAUUGUGUUGUGCAGUUAUUCAAAAUUCUUCUUCCAAAUCAGCCAGCUAAUACGUUGUUCAAUAAAUACCAACAAGCGAAGAGAAAUGAUGUUGAAAGGGCUUUUGGAACUCUCCAAAACAAGUUCCAAAUAACUAAAAAGCCAGCAUUUUACUGGGAUAAGGAGGAUAUAAACUUUAUUAUCAAGUAUUUUUUGAUUUUGCAUAACAUGGUCAUUGAGAAUGAAAGACGUAACUUAGAUUGGGGUCAAGUCGUGAACGAACCAAUAGGACAGGUUACUGGAAUACCGAGGUCAUACCACGAGUUAAGGAAUGAUGAGGCAUAUCUCCAACUCCGCAAUGAUCUUGUUCAACACAUUUGGAUACGACAUGGACUAGGUCUCAGAGACGGUGAAAUGCCACCAGAAUCUCCCCCUCCACCACCAGAUGAUCUUGAUGGUUCGGAUGGCGAAUUCGAUCCUACCGAUUUUUACCCAGCAGAAUAG